AUGUCAGACAAUAACGGAUCUCCGCUUUCCAAGAGUACCCCUCCGGGUGAUUCUCUCCAGUCGCAGCAGAACACAGAUGCGCAGGGAGAGCUUACAGCAGCGGUCGACGAUCUCCUAGAUCAACUACAGCACAAGUUCGAUAAUGUGUCAAGAGAGAUGUUUGGGAAAUUGGACGACAUGGCAAGACGGCUUGAUGAGCUGGAAGCUUCCUUGACAGUUGCGGGCGACACGACAGCAGCGAGCCCGACAAAGUGA